ACUGAACGCCGGCUUUAGUAGAAGCCAGCGAGCCUCGCGACUGUCUUCUUCCGUCGAGCUCACAGCCUUCUCUUAUUAAGACGAAGGAGAAGAAGAAGCGACGCCGAUCCGAACCCUAGCCCUCGAGGAGAUCGGACCCAAAAGGACCUCCCUCUCCCCCUGACCUCUCGAGGGAUUCCAUCCCGCAGGUGUCUGUGCUCGAUCCCCCUGUCUUCCUUCUGUGGUCCCGUUGGCCGGCGGGCAGCGGGAUUUGGGGUUCUUCUCGGGGAUGGAUAUGCGCUCCGUUGGAGUGGGCGUUGCUUGGGAUCGGAUCGGCUGUCGGUGGCCCUGAGGAGGUAUGAGGAAGAGGUCCUUCGAUCUCCGGCGGCCGGCGAGGAGGCGGUGGGCCUCGAAGAGGUGGGCAUGGCUGGUGGUGGGGGGUCUGAGUGUUUUCUUGUUCCUUAUUGUGCUCAGCCGCGAGAAGCAGCCGAGAUCGGUGCCUUCGAUCCUCCAGAAAUCUUACCGCUCUAGCCUUACUGAAGGUAUUAACAUCGCUGAUGAGAUGCUGAGUGCUCAUUCGUACACUAGGCAACUAGUUGACCAAAUCUUUCUUGCAAAGGCUUUUGUUGUCAUCUCUAAAGAAAACAAAAAUCUCCAGUUUGCAACACAACUUAGUUCCCAGAUACGCUACUUGCAAGUUCUCCUAUCCAGGGCUGCCGCUGGGGUAACCCCAUUAACUUCAGAAGUAGAAACAGCAAUACAUGACAUGGCUCUACUGCUCUACCAAGCCCAACAGUUCAACUAUGACAGUGCUACCAUGAUCAUGAAGAUGAAAGGUCAAAUCCAAUCUCUCGAAGGGAAAAUGAAGUUUGAAUCUGAGAAGAGUACAAAAUACGGACAGAUAGCUGCUGAAGAGCUCCCAAAAAGCCUGUAUUGUCUUGGUGUCAGGCUAACCAUGGAAUGGUUCAAAAACUCAAAUCUGCAUAGAAAACUCUCAGAAGGAAAGCACACUCUGGAGAAGCUAAGAGAUAACAGCCUCUAUCAUUACUGCAUCUUCUCCGACAACAUCCUUGCUGCAUCAGUUGUGGUCAAUUCAACUGCCAUGAAUUCCAAGCUUCCAGAUCUUAUUGUGUUCCACCUGGUCACUGAUGAGGUGAACUAUCCACCAAUGAAGGCAUGGUUCUCGAUGAACAGUUUCAGAGGUGCAACUGUGGAGGUACAGAAGGUUGAGGAUUGUAGCUGGCUUAAUGCAUCAUAUGUCCCAGUUCUAAAGCAGCUUCAGAACUUGGACACCAAGAACUUCUACUUCUCUGGAGGUGGGGAUGGUAAAAUACCAAUUAAAUUCAGGAACCCAAAGUACUUAUCGAUGCUAAACCACCUCAGGUUCUACAUACCGGAAGUCUUCCCAGCAUUAAAGAAGGUAGUAUUUCUUGAUGAUGAUGUAAUAGUCCAGAAAGAUCUGACAGAGUUAUUCACAAUCAACCUCAAUGGGAAUGUGAUGGGGGCUGUGGAGACUUGCACGGAGACAUUCCACAGGUUCCACAAGUAUUUGAACUAUUCCCACCCGCUGAUCCGUGCUCAUUUUGAUCCUGAUGCUUGUGGAUGGGCAUUUGGUAUGAAUGUGAUUGAUCUGAGGGAGUGGCGAAAUAAAAACGUGACUGGCAUAUAUCACUACUGGCAGGAGCGUAAUGCUGACCACACCCUCUGGAAGCUUGGGUCCCUACCUCCUGGGCUGCUGGCCUUCUAUGGGCUGAUCGAGACAUUGGAUCCCAAGUGGCAUGUGUUGGGGUUGGGUUACACCAAUGUGGACCCUUCAGCAAUUAGGAACGGCGCAGUGCUGCAUUACAAUGGGAACAUGAAGCCAUGGUUAAAGCUCGGGAUGGAAAAGUACAGAGGGUUGUGGGAUAAGUACGUGGACUACUCGCACCCUUUGUUGCAACAGUGCUUCAUGCAUUAAAUGAUCCUUAAGAUGACCGGUGAUAUUCCUGCAGGGCAGAGUCAGCCAAAGCCCCACAGUUUUUGAGUAAUUUUUUUGAGGGAGACGGUAGAGUAAAUUAUUCUUUUCUUUGGAAAUUAUUCUGUUGGUCUCUCUAGAUUCUCUUCCAAGAUGCAGACAUCAGUAAUUUUUUAUGGUUAAGCCCCACCUUAUGUCUGUGGGGGUGGAGCAGUGAAGCCAUCUUACUGGAAUAUCUGAAGCACAUAGUUAUGCAGGCCAUUCUUAGCAGAUGCAUUAGUAUGGCAUACAAUUUAAUUAGGAACAAGUUGAAAGAGAAAAUAUGCUGCAGAAUUUGUCUUUUUGAGCAACAUUUGGUGUUUCCUUUGGAAAGUCUGUUUGCAUUGACUGAUUGGUGUCAAACCGAGGACAUUCAAAUUUCUGAACUGUUGGCAGUGGAAGUUCUCUGUAAGAACACGAGGAAGCCUUCAUUUGUAAAGCAAACAGUGCUAUGCCCUGGCCUACUUGGGGGUGAAGGUGAAUAAGAAGGAUAAGUUCUGACCGGGUAUACCCCUGAAGUUUAUAUAUUUUAUUAGUAGAGUCCUAACAAGGUUGUUUUGUAAGAGACAACUAAUGUAAUGCGUCCUAGUUGUCAUUUGUUCCUGAAUUAUAAUAAAAAUGAUCCUUGCAGAAUUUCUUGUCC